CUCCCCGGCCCUGGAUUCCACUUCCCCUUCGCUCGCGCUGCAGCGGCAGCCGCCUCCAGGCCCCGUGCCGCCGCUGGAGUCCAUGGCCGGGACGCGCUGGGUCCUCGGGGCGCUGCUCCGGGGCUGCGGCUGUAACUGCGGCAGCUGCCGGCGCUCCGGCGCCGCCUGCCUACCCUUUUAUUCCGCCUCGGGCUCCUUCCCCUCCGGAGUCUCCGGCCGCCGCCGCCUGCUGCUGCUGCUCGGGGCCGCCGCCUCCCAGACCCGGGGCCUUCAGCUCGGGCCUGCGCCCGCCGGUACACUGGCGGGCCCUGCCCCCGCGGCCACCUCCGCCGCCGCCGCGGCCGCCGCCGCCUACCCGGCCCUGCGCGCCCCUCUGCUGCCCGGGGCCGCGGGCACGGCGCGGGGCUACAGCCAGGAGUCCAAACCCACCUACCUGGAAGACCUUCCGGCCCUGCCCGAGUACGACCUGGCCCCGCCCAAGCUGGGAGAGGAAGUGGAUGAUGUUUUUCUCAUUCGCGCGCAGGGGUUACCGUGGUCCUGCACCAUGGAAGACGUGAUGAACUUCUUCUCGGACUGCAGAAUCCGGAAUGGUGAGAAUGGAAUACAUUUCCUCUUAAACAGAGAUGGGAAGCGAAGGGGCGAUGCCUUAAUUGAAAUGGAGUCUGAGCAGGAUGUGCAGAAAGCCUUGGAGAAGCACCACAUGUACAUGGGCCAGCGUUACGUGGAAGUGUAUGAGAUAAACAAUGAAGAUGUGGAUGCCUUAAUGAAGAGCCUGCACGUCAAGUCCUCGCCUGUGGUGAACGACGGCGUGGUCCGUCUGCGAGGACUUCCCUACAGUUGCAAUGAGAAAGACAUCAUAGAAUUCUUUGCAGGUCUCAAUAUAGUAGACAUUACUUUUGUGAUGGACUACAGAGGGAGAAGAAAAACAGGGGAGGCCUAUGUGCAGUUUGAAGAACCUGAGAUGGCCAGCCAAGCCCUGCUGAAACACAGGGAAGAGAUUGGGAAGCGGUAUAUAGAGAUAUUUCCAAGCAGAAGGAAUGAAGUUCGAACACAUGUUGGCUCUCACAAGGGGAAGAAAGCUGCAUCUCCCACUGCGAAGUUUAUCACGGAGCCGGAAGUGGUCUUUGAAGAACAGGAAGUGAAUGAGGAGGUUCGCCCCAUGACAGCUUUCGAAAGUGAGAAGGAAAUAGAAAUGCCUAAGGAGGUUGCAGAAAGGCUUCCCGAGCCUGGCGACUUCGUGACGGCGCCUUCCCUGCAUGUUGUCCACAUGAGAGGACUGCCCUUCCAAGCCAACGCCCAGGACAUUAUAAAUUUCUUCGCGCCGCUGAAGCCGGUGAGGAUCACCAUGGAGUACAGCUCCAGCGGGAAGGCCACCGGGGAGGCCGACGUGCACUUCGACAGCCACGAGGACGCCGUGGCCGCCAUGCUCAAGGACCGCUCCCACGUCCAUCACAGAUAUAUUGAGCUCUUCCUAAAUUCAUGUCCAAAAGGAAAAUAAAACUUCCAGGGACUCCGCAAAAUAAGGGUGAAACAAGAAGCAUUUCAUUUGCACAUCCUUUUGGGACUUGGGAUAGAAUGUUCCAGUUUAUUAGCAGCAACUGCUAGAAGAAAGGGUUUGGGGUUUUUGGUUUAAUUACUUCUAAGAAAAAUUUAAUAGUGAACUAUUUAGAAAGAGAAAGAAGAGUGUCAGUUUGGGAUUAUGAAACAAAUCAAUUAAAACUUUUGUUUAAACUGUUCAGGAUUUGAUUUCAAAAAUUGACCUUUAUAUGGUUUCGACACUUUGUUUUGAUAGAGGAUAUGUUACCCGUUAUGAAGACUACAGAUCUGUAUUUGGCACUAUUCUUUAAGAUCUUCCUCCCUUUUAAAAUACUCUGUUUGAGAUCUUGUUUUUUCACUCAUGGAGAACAUGAUACUAUGCUUCUCAUGGAAUAAAAUAAUGUUUUAUUUUAACCAAAUGCACACCAAAGCAAAGGAAGGUUUCAGACCUUUGAACUGGUAUGGUUUGGCAGAAUAUGAUUAAUUGUAGCUAUAUUUGAUGACUUAAAUAGGAAUAGGAAUUAAAUGGACAGCAAAUAAAAAAUAAAAACCAUGGUUUAGUGUAAAUCAUAGUUUGACAGUUUUAUGUCUUUAGAAGUGUUUUGCCUUUUUAAGCCUUGUGCUAAAGGCAUUGAACAUUGGUGCCUGUCUAUUUAAGGGGAGAUUCUAAUCUCAACUUAAAAGCUGUCUAAACUGCCCAUAACCCCCAAUUUGUUGGUUUUGGGUGAAUCGAGCGUGUGUGUUAGUCUUGAAAUUGUGGAGUGAUGUGUUAGCAGUCCAGACUGGUGAGGACAUUAUGGCCGCACUUGAAUUUAAACCAGCUCUAGAUAGGAAAAAACAACAUCUGAGUUCUCAUUUGCUCUUUCCGUGGGGUCGCACAUCCCAUGUUUUAGAACAAGUAGGGGUGCCUUGCUUAAAUAAAAAUAGCAUUUAAUGUAUAUUUGUGUACGAGGGCGUUUUGAUUAAAGCUAUACUUGGGUCACAUUGUGGCAGUAGCUGCUGCUUUAAUAUCCAACAGCUUGUGAUUUAAAUAGUGGACAAAAUGGCCGGCCUCCCGAUGUAGUCCCUAAUAAACUAGCUUUCUGUGUACCUGCCUCAGACAAUCCACAUCCUGUAUACUGUUUUUGCUUUUUCCCUGACGCAUGGUGACAGCAGCCACCAGGGCCAGGAGAUGUGUCUUUGGUUCUUAAAUUUGUCCAGAUCUCUAAAAGGUGGUAUCUGGGACAUAGAACGACAGAUUGUGUCUUCUUUGCUGUACUACGUGACCGUCUAACUGCCAUCCGAGAUACAAAACCCCUGUAUUGUUGUCAAUAAAUGAAGGCUGAUUUCAGGUUGAA